GCUCAGGCGUUCAGCUCCUGCAACUUCGCUUCGUCCUCCAACACGCAUCUUGUCUUCAUCAGCCCAACGCGCCGAAUUCGAGCCGCAAAACCGUCUUCCAUCAAAUUCCCGCUUUUGGGCCUGGCAUCUAUAUCUGACUCCGCCUGUUUCCGAAAAGCUAUCUCUCAAUUAAUUAAUCCCCUCCUCCAUCGUAUACCGCCGUCACCAUGCCAGGCCUCGUUACGGCAACCGGCGUCUUAGCUUUCCUCGCCGACGAGGAGACAGAGCUCAAGGUCUUCGCCCUCAAGACGCUCAAUGAUGACAUCGACACCGUCUGGUUCGAGGUUGCAGGCGCACUGAGCGACAUCGAGGCCCUCUACGAAGACGAGAGCUUCCCCGAGCGCCAGCUUGCUGCGCUCGUCCUGGCCAAGGUCUACUUCCACCUGCAGGCCUACAACGAGAGCAUGACCUUUGCUCUGGCUGCUGGGCCCCUCUUUUCGAUUGAUGCCCCCGGCGAGUUCGAGGAAACUAUCAUCUCUAAGUGUAUCGAUCAGUACAUCGCUAUCUCUUCGACGCAUCACGCUCCCUCGAAGCAAUCCAAAAACGACUUGUCUCUGCCCGCAAUUGCGACGACCUUUGGUAGCGGCGCCCUCGAUGGAUCUUCCUUGAUCUCGCCCACCACUCCGUUCUCGCAGUCCACCCUCCCGUCCAAGUCUCUGCUCUCGCGUGCUUCGACCGACAAUACCAUUCUCGACCCCACCUUCCAGCCGACCAAGGAAGGUCGCUCGGCCUCUAUUGCCCAGGUUACGGAUGCUUCCACUCAGCUCGCCUUGCAGGGCAUCGUCGAACGGCUCUUUGAGAGUUGCCUGAAGGAGGCCAAGUACCGGCAGGUGGUUGGAAUUGCCGUGGAAGCCAAGAAUCUCGACGUGCUUCGGCGGGUCAUUCAGCGAGCCAGCGAAGAUGGCAAGCUUUCCAAAGCAAAGGUGCAGGAGGGUAGCCAAGGUCUGGCGGAGGAGUUGAUGGACUAUUCCCUCGACAUCUGCAUGGAUGUGGUGCAGGAGCGAAGUCUGCGCACCGAAAUUCUGCGCCUGGUCCUCGACCUCCUCAACGAUAUACCAAAUCCCGACUAUUUCGUAAUCGCGAAGUGUGUCGUCUAUCUCGACUCGGACGAGGAGGCGUCAACUUUGCUCAGACAGCUCGUCUCGAAAAAGGAUCGGAAUGCGCUUGCCAUCGCGUACCAGAUCGCGUUUGAUCUUUACGACAACGGCACACAGGAAUUCCUGGGCAAAGUGAUCAAGUCCCUGCCUUCUGGCGAACCGGCCAAGAAGCCCGAGCAGCAGGAGGCUGAGGGUGCGGCCGAGAGCGAGCCUCUUCUGCAAAACCAAGAGGACCCAGCCGAGGAGCCUUUGUCCGAGGAAGUAUCCAAAGCUUACCAGAACAUUCGAUCUAUUCUCGAUGGAAGCAAGGCCAUCAAACUCAACCUCGAAUUCCUCUAUCGCAACAACCACACCGACGCGAGCAUUCUCAACAAGGUCAGAGACAGUUUGGAGGGCCGCAAUUCCAUCUUCCAUACGGCAGUUACCUUUUGCAAUGCGUUCAUGAACGCGGGAACAACCCAUGACAAAUUCUUCAGAGAUAAUCUAGAAUGGCUCGGAAAGGCAGUCAACUGGUCCAAGUUCACGGCCACUGCUGCUCUCGGCGUUAUCCACCGUGGAAACCUGACGCAGUCGCGGAAGCUUCUCGAGCCCUACCUCCCUCGCCAAGUCGGCGUCAGCAGCGGCUCCAUCUUUAGCCAAGGCGGCGCUCUUUACGCCUAUGGUCUGAUCCAUGCGAACCAUGGUGCAAACGCCCUGGAGUACCUCCGAAGCAUGUUUAUUGCUGCGGAUGAAGAAGUCAUCCAGCACGGCGGUGCAUUGGGCCUAGGUAUUGCCGGGAUGGCGACUGGAAACGAGCAGGUUUUUGAUGAUCUUACGAAGGUGCUCUUUGCCGACUCUGCUCUGAACGGCGAGGCCGUCGGCUUGUCAAUGGGAUUGAUCAUGCUGGGAACAGGCAACGCUAAGGCCCUUGAGACCAUGUUCACCUAUGCGCAUGAGACGAACCACGAAAAGAUUGUCCGCGGCUGCGCCAUUGGCAUGGCUCUCAUCAUGUUCGGACAGCAGGAGGGCGCCGAUGUCAUGAUAGAGGGUCUCCUCGUCGACCCUGAUCCGACUCUGCGCUACGGCGGUAUCCUUACCGUGGCUAUGGCAUACUGCGGUACCGGGAGCAACAAGGCAAUCCGCAAGCUCCUUCACAUUGCAGUCAGCGACGUCAGCGACGACGUGCGCCGAAUUGCCGUCAUGAGUCUUGGAUUCAUCCUGUUCCGGAAGCCCGGCAGUGUUCCUCGCAUGGUCGAGCUCCUUGCCGAGUCCUACAACCCUCACGUGCGGUACGGCUCGGCCAUGGCUCUGGGAAUUUCAUGUGCCGGAACAGGCCUCGACGAGGCCAUUGACUUGCUGGAGCCCAUGAUGAAGGACCCGACAGACUUUGUGCGCCAGGGUGCUCUGAUUGCUCUGUCAAUGAUCAUGGUCCAGCAGAACGAGGUCAUGAACCCCAAGGUCGCCGCCAUCCGCAAGACUCUCAAGAAGGUCGUCGGCGACCGCCACGAGGAUGCCAUGACCAAGUUCGGUGCGUCUAUCGCUCUCGGCAUAAUUGACGCAGGCGGCCGGAACUGCUCCAUUGGCCUCCAGACCCAAACCGGCAAUCUCAACAUGGCUGGCAUUGUCGGCAUGGCUGUCUUCACUCAGUACUGGUACUGGUUCCCUUUCACCCACUUCCUGUCGCUCAGCUUCGUACCCACUUCCAUGAUUGGCCUUGAUCACGAUCUUGAGAUUCCGAGGUUCAAGUUUCACUGUGCGACGCGCCCUAGCCUCUUUGACUACCCACCGGAGCAGGAGGUCAAGGCCGAGGAGGGCCCGGCUCCUGUCACCACGGCGAUUCUGUCGACCACGGCCCAGGCCAAGCGUCGGGCACAGAAGAAGGAGCGGGCUCAGCGCCGCGAGAGCAUGGACAUUGACUCGACUCCCGUGGCGAAGGCUUCCUCGCAGCCGGCGGCCGACAAGAUGGACGUCGACGACGACAAAAAGUCCAAGGCUGAAGAAGCCAAGGAGAAGAAGGAUGGCGACUCGGGCAACGAGAAGGAAGGUUCCGCUUCUCCCGAAGCCAAGAAGAAGGCAGAGAAGGAGAAGGUCGGCUACGAGAUGGAGAACAUGUCCCGUGUCCUUCUCAGCCAGCUCAAAUACAUCAGCUUUCCGGCUGGACGGUACAAGCCGGUGAAGAAGGUAAGCACCCGUCCCAUCCCUGGACCUCUAUGGCUCCAAGUUACUGACCGUCUGACAGCCCACCGGUGGACCUCUUCUCCUCCAUGACACAGAGCCCGAGGAAGCCAAGUCGCUCCUUGAAGAGAAACUCAAGAAGGUGGCAACGGAGAGGGCCCCUGUGGGUGGUGCCAGCUCGGGGUCUGGUGCAACUCCUCGACAGUCGACACAGUCUCUACUUUCCCAGGUGCAGCGGGGAGUACCCGCCGGCACUAGUAUGCGCGAUCUGAACGAGCUCUUCAGGUUGACGAGCGGGGAUAACCAGGCCCUCGAGCGUCUCGGCUUAAGCGGACCCGCAGACAGUGGCAGCGGAGCU